AGUUGGCUGAGUUUGCUUGUUGUACACUCAUAUAUGGAUGAGUCAUGUUCUUGACGACAUGGUUGUUGCCCGUUUUAGUUUCAUAAUUUGACUUGAGCCAGUCAAAUUAUUUUUACAUUUUGGCUUAGUCAUUUUAAAUAUCAAUAUCGUAUAAAUCAUCAUGUCGUCCCGUAAGACAGCCGGCCGCCGUGGGACCAACAAAAAGCGUGCUCAGCGUGCCACUUCCAAUGUAUUUGCUAUGUUUGAUCAAGCACAGAUUGCAGAGUUCAAAGAGGCAUUUAAUAUGAUUGACCAAAACCGAGAUGGCUUUGUAGAUAAGGAUGACCUCCAUGACAUGCUUGCUUCUCUGGGAAAGAACCCCACUGAGGAUUAUUUAGAGGGUAUGAUGAAUGAGGCACCUGGUCCAAUCAACUUUACUAUGUUUUUGACUUUAUUUGGUGAGCGACUCCAAGGCACAGACCCUGAAGACGUAAUUAAGAAUGCUUUUGGGUGUUUUGAUGAAGAGAAUAUGGGUGUAAUUGCAGAAGAACGUCUCCGUGAACUGCUCACUACCAUGGGUGACCGUUUCACUGAUGAUGACGUAGAUGAAAUGCUACGUGAAGCACCAAUACGAGAUGGUCUGUUUGACUACGUAGAGUUCACUCGAAUUCUGAAACAUGGAGCUAAGGAUAAGGAUGAGCAAUAAGUGAAUAUUUUGUUAAAUGUCUAUAGAAGCAGGUUGCAUUUUAAAAUUUUACAUAUUUGGAAAACAAUCAUGAAUAUAAUUUACAUACUUCAACUGUUCUUACCCAUACACUAUAAUAAAUAAUAUUUUUUUAAAUAUACCAUUUGUUUAUAAUAGUUACAGUCGAAUGCUAGAUCUUUAUAAAUUAAAUUCAUAUGUAACCUGCUCAAGACAAUACAAUAUACUUAGACUUGAGGUUUACAUCUAUAUAUUUGCCAAUCAAAAUGAUUUUUAUAACAUUGCAUUAGGGUUGAGACCAAUUUUAUGGAUUUCAUAAUUAUCUUUUUGGAGGUGCUAAUAUAAGAAUAUAGUUUAUAUAAUUGUUGCAUUUCAAUGGCAUCAUGCAUUUGACGAAAUACAAUUCCUGGUUUAAUUACAUUUCUUGAAAUUUUUCCUUAGUCAAGCUAAUGUCAUAAUUGGUAAUAAAGUAUUAUUAAUCAUUCCGGAAAUUGAUAGGUUGUUUUUAAAUCGAGUUUUAGAAAAUGAAGUAUUACAUUUGUAGACCACAAGAUAUGUUGUUUAAUAAAUUAUGAAAUUCUGCCAUAUUCAUUUGUUUUCAGUAAAGAUACAUCAGAUUCAGUUAUAUUUCAUCUAUCUGAUUACUUCUAUGUUAAUGUUUUACUGAAAAUUAAUGAACAGUUUGUAUAAUUUGUAUAAGUAAUUAGUAUUGUGCCUGGUUUUUGUGUAUUAAUUAGUUGCAUAAUCGAUAUAUGUAUUUAUUACAAAAUUUUACUU